AUGUCUAAUAUUUUAGCUAUUAUUUCUUUUCAUAAUCAAUCAAAUUCUAAAGGUAUUCUUUCAUUAUGUUGUGAUAUUAAUCAUAAUACAAUUGGAAAAUUUAUUGGAGUAUAUAAGAUAAAAAAUGAAAGUAAAAGUAUAGUUCAAAACAUAUAUUCUGUUGAUAAUUGUGAAAACAAAUAUUUAAUUGAUGGUAACUAUUGUUAUCUUCAUAUAAAUUCAAUACUUGGAAAUAUUUAUGGUUUCAAAGAUAAAGAGGUUGUAGAAAUGGAAUUUAUUGGAAUAGAUGAUUUUAUUGUUGGAAAAGUAAUUACGUUAUCUCCAAAAAGUGAAGAUGAUUAUAAAAUUAUUGAUGAAACAUCGUCGUUGAUAGAAGAAAUAUUUUUAAAUCAAAUUAAUGUUCUUCAAAUUAAUCAAGAAAUAAUAUUAUGGAUUCAAGAUAAUUUGUAUGUAACAAUGAUAGUUAAAAACAUUAAAUGUGAUUGUACUUCUACAAAUAAUAUUUACAAAUUAAAUGAUACUACAGAAAUUAUUGUUGAAGUAAAUAAAAAUAAAGAAAAACAAAAAAUAAUAAAAAAUAAUAGUGAUAAUAAAUAUUUUCAUAAUAAUCUAUUAAAAAUUAAUCAGAGAAAAUUGAAAGAUAAAGUUUACAGAAUCUUAGAUGUACAUGAAUUGUCUUAUUCAACAAUAUUGGUUAAUGAUGAAAGUAUUGAUUAUGGAUUAUACAUUGUUUAUGUUGAUCAUUUGAAUGGUUCAUUUGAAGGAUGUUUAAAAAAUGUACCUUCUGAAGUACCAAUAGGACACUGCUUCAUUCCAAAACAUUUCAAUGUAAGAGCUUAUUCAAAAAUCAUUGUUAAUUCUAUUCCUUUUAAUAAUAUUAAAAAAAUUAAUGAAAUUAUUUUAAAAUAUAAUGAAAAUUUUGAAAAUCCAUUAUUAAAAAGUAGAAAGAAUAAUAUUGAAAAAACUUUAAAUUUUUCAUCAGAAUAUUCUGCAAUUGUUAUUGGUUGUAAUGGAAUUUUUUUGUCAAAUAAUAAUGAAAAAUUAGUUGUUAAAGAGAAUGAUUGUUCAAAAAAAAUUUAUGGAUACUUUUUUACAGAUUCAUUUCCAAAAAUAAAAAUUGAAAGCACUACAGAAGAAAUAAAAAAAAUAGAAAAAAAAAAUGGCACAAAAAUUUUUUUAAAUUUUGGUAAAGAAUUAGAUAAAAUAGAAUUAUUUGAUUAUCAAAAAAAAAUUAUUGACGAAAUAUUAAAGUAUUUUCAAUACAUGAAUACACAAUUAGGUUUAUCAAAUAUAAUCUUAUUAAAAGGAAAAGAAGGAUCAGGUAAAAGUACAAUAAUAGAACAAUUAUCAAAACAUUUAUUUGAAGAAAAAUAUAUUUUUUCCUUGAAAAUUAAUUGUUUAGAUAUUAGAAAUAAAAAACCAAGUAAAAUAAUAGAAAAUUUUCAAAAUAAAUUAUUAUACCUUAAAACAACAUAUCCAUCUCUUUUAGUAAUUGAUAAUUUUGAUGGAAUAACUUUUAUGAGUAAUAAUGAUGAGGAUAGAAUAAAAUCAAAAAAAAAAUUAGUUAAGGAUAUAUUUUAUUUAAUGAAAACUUCAGAUAUUCCAAUAAUAAUUACAUCAUGUACAAAUGAUUUUAUUUCACUUAUUGAAGAUGAAUAUAUUGGUUAG